AUGUGUCAGAACACAUUCAUCAAAACACAUUCUCCUGACAUUCUCGGUGUAUUUGCUCCGCUCGAAAACCGCUCCGAGCUAGACAAAAACUGCUCCGAGCUAGACAAAAACCGCUCCGAGCUAGACAAAAACCGCUCCGAGCUAGACAAAAACCGCUCCGAGCUAGACAAAAACUGCUCCGAGCUAGACAAAAACCGCUCCGAGCUACACAAAAACCGCUCCGAGCUAGACAAAAACCGCUCCGAGCUAGACAAAAACCGCUCCGAGCUAGACAAAAACCGCUCCGAGCUAGACAAAAACUGCUCCGAGCUAGACAAAAACCGCUCCGAGCUACACAAAAACCGCUCCGAGCUACACAAAAACCGCUCCGAGCUAGACAAAAACCGCUCCGAGCUAGACAAAAACCGCUCCGAGCUAGACAAAAACCGCUCCGAGCUAGACAAAAACUGCUCCGAGCUAGACAAAAACCGCUCCGAGCUAGACAAAAACCGCUCCGAGCUAGACAAAAACCGCUCCGAGCUAGACAAAAACUGCUCCGAGCUAGACAAAAACUGCUCCGAGCUAGACAAGAACCGCUCCAAGUUAGACAAAAAACCGCCUCGAGCUAGACAAAAACCGCUCCGAGCUAGACAAAAACCGCCCCGAGCUAGACAAAAACCGCCCCGAGCUAGACAAAAACCGCCCCGAGCUAGACAAAAACUGCCCCGAGCUAGACAAAAACCGCCUCGAGCUAGACAAAAACUGCCCCGAGCUAGACAAAAACCGCUCCGAGCUACACAAAAACCGCCUCGAGCUAGACAAAAACCGCCCCGAGCUAGACAAAAACCGCCCCGAGCUAGACAAAAACCGCUCCAACUAGACAAAAACCGCCCCGAGCCAAACAAAAACCGCUCCGAGCCAAACAAAAACCGCUCCAAACUAGACAAAAACCGCUCCGAGCUAGACAAAAACCGCUCCGAGCUUCACAAAAACCGCUCCGAGCUAGACAAAAACCGCUCCGAGCUACACAAAAACCGCUCCGAGCUAGACAAAAACCGCUCCGAGCUACACAAAAACCGCUCCGAGCUACACAAAAACCGCUCCGAGCUAGACAAAAACCGCUCCGAGCUACACAAAAACCGCUCCGAGCUAGACAAAAACCGCUCCGAGCUACACAAAAACCGCUCCGAGCUAGACAAAAACCGCUCCGAGCUACACAAAAACCGCUCCGAGCUACACAAAAACCGCUCCGAGCUAGACAAAAACCGCUCUGAGCUACACAAAAACCGCUCCGAGCUAGACAAAAACCGCUCCGAGCUACACAAAAACCGCUCCGAGCUAGACAAAAACCGCUCCGAGCUACACAAAAACCGCUCCGAGCUAGACAAAAACCGCUCCGAGCUAGACAAAAGCCGCUCAAUUUUGACGCUUAUUCAAUCGUUAGAACCGAGAACUAACUGCCAUUAA